AUGAAGCCCGUGAUUAUCAGCAUUCUCUUGCAUGCCGUGAUCCUCCUCUACACGGCCUCUGGGGUUCUGCGGACAUUGGGCUUAGCCCCGAGGAGCAUCCUGGCACUGGGCGGGGUGAGCGGCCUCGCCUUUGGCCUGGCCGCGCAAAACCUGGUUGGAAAUUUCAUGUCAGGCCUUCUGCUGGUUUUGAACCGCCAAUUCACCGUGGGAGAUUACAUCGAGACCAAUGGUAUCCAAGGCAAGGUUCUUGCAAUGGGCUGGACUUUCAUUGAGAUCCAGCGGGGGGAGGAUUUGGUCAUGCUGCCCAACUCACAGGUGAUCGGGACAACGGUGGUUCAAAUCGGACGCUUCGCUGACCCUGGAGGAGACGAUGCUUCCGAGUCAACAAAUGCUUGA